UAAGAGCAAGAAGGCCCAGGAGGUGGAGGCCCUGCUGGGGGAGACCAGGAUGCUCCAGGGGAAGCUGCAGAGCCAAGAGGACGAUUUCCGUCUGCAGAACAGCACCUUGCUACGAGAGCUGGCCAAGCUCUGUGCCCAGAUCGAGGGGCUGGAGGAGGAAAACCGGCGGCUGCAGGAGGGGGGGGGCGGGGGAGCCCCCCGAGACCCCCCCGGGACCCCCCAAAACUCGGCCCAGCCCCCCCAGGAUGGGGCUCAGGGGCAGGGGGGGGCCCCCGAAGAGCCCCCCCAAAAAGACAAAGAAGAGGAGGGGGGAGGGGGGGACGCCCCCUCCAGGGACCCCCCCAGCACCCCCUGAUCAGGUAG